AAACCGCGAAAAAAAAAAAAAAAGAAAAUGUGGGCUGAGGUAUUGUUGCAAAAACCAGAACGAAACAAACUUCCACAAAGUAGUACAGAGGAGUAAAAUGAUGCAAAAAUAAGAGAAAGUUAACUUGUCUUUAGCUGGCGCUUCAGAUCUCCAAGUAAAAGUGAAAACCAAUUAACAACAAAAGACCACAAACAGGUGAAACUACUUUUUACAUAAUUUAGUGGUUAGUGUGAAAUGGAACAUUUUGAUUGGUUAACAAGACAUUUGUUCUAAGGGCCACUAAGGGAGCGCGAGCAGAACCUUAUUUACAUGGACUCCGCCCCUCUAUGACGACACUGUUGGAUAUUAACCAAUAAAAACAUAAUACUGUGCUAGUCUUCAUUUGCAUACAGGCUCUAUAAGUAGCGCGUAACCAGGUUGUUUCGGUGUAGUCGGGAUUACUUCUACUGGCGUGUGGGGAUUCUUCUGUGCGAAAAUGCCGGAUCCAGCAAAAUCUGCUCCUGCUCCUAAGAAAGGUUCUAAAAAGGCUGUCACGAAAGUGCAGAAGAAAGACGGUAAGAAGCGCAAGCGCAGCCGGAAGGAGAGCUAUUCUGUUUAUGUAUAUAAGGUGCUGAAGCAGGUUCAUCCAGACACCGGCAUUUCGUCGAAGGCCAUGGGCAUCAUGAACUCCUUCGUGAACGACAUCUUCGAGCGCAUCGCGGGCGAAGCGUCGCGCCUGGCGCAUUACAACAAGCGCUCGACUAUCACGUCCCGGGAGAUCCAGACAGCUGUGCGCCUUCUGCUGCCCGGCGAGCUAGCCAAGCAUGCCGUGUCCGAAGGUACCAAGGCGGUUACCAAAUACACCAGUUCGAAGUAAGCGUGCAAGAGACGAACUAGAACAUCUUAUUUUACCCCAAAGGCUCUUUUCAGAGCCAC